AUGGCUGAAUUUGAUUUGACGAAAAAGAUGGCUCCAUUUUUGGAUCUCCAUCUAAUCAUCCCGCUUCUCGAGUUUAUCGAACCACGAAAGAUUUUCGAUGAAAAAUCGAUGAUCGAGAUGCAUCGGAAGGUUUUGCUGAAGACGAAUAUGAUCGAUUCAAUUAUCGAAACUUACCCAGCAAAGCAAGUGCCCGCCGAGCUUGAACAACGACGAGAUGCUAUCCUUGCAGAGCGAGAGCAGUUGAAGGCUCAGGUCGAUCCGGUAAUCGAGUUGCUUGAAUCGGAGUCUGUGAAAGACAUCAUCGAGUCGACACGCGAACGAGACGGAAAUCAGAAGAUCUUGGAGCAUUUGAUAAACAAUCACGGGUUUAAAUUGGAAAUGUUGGACGUUCUCUUCAAGUACGCGAAAUUUUUGUACGAAUGCGGAAACUAUCAGGCUGCGUCCAUCAUUCUUUUCCAUUACAGAAAUCUGAUUCCACAACACGAUCCAAAUUAUUUAAAUGCACUUUAUGGAAAACUUGCAUCAGAGAUCAAUCUACAGGAAUGGGAACACGCCAAAGAUGAUCUCGUCAAAUUGCGAGCUUACAUCGACUCGAAUCCGUUUGACACCGAGUGGGAACUGGUUCAACAGCGGGCAUGGUUGAUGCAUUGGGCGCUCUUUGUCUAUUUCAACUAUCCAAAGGGUCGAGAUGAAAUUAUUGACUUGUGCCUCAAUCAACAAGCGUAUUUAAGCACGAUACAAGUUGUCUGUCCUCACCUGCUUCGUUAUUUGGCUGUCGCUGUUGUUACUUCAAAGAAUAAGCAGAAGAAUAGCUUGAAAGAUCUUAUCAAAGUCAUUGAUAUUGAACGACAUAAUUAUGCCGAUCCUGUGACUGAUUUCUUGACGUGUCUCUACAUAAAAUAUGAUUUUGAUGAGGCGCAACAAAAGUUGCGACAAUGUGAAAAGGUCCUUUCAAACGAUUUCUUCCUUACUGCUUGUUUGGAGGAUUUCCGUGAGUCGGCUCGUCUUUUGACUUUUGAGAUGUUCUGCCGAAUUCACCAAUGCAUUUCCAUUGAAAUGCUUGCCCAACGCCUCAAUAUGAAACAGGAGGAAGCUGAGCGGUGGAUUGUCGAUUUGAUCAUUAACUACCGAAUUGAUGGAGCAAAGAUCGACUCGAAAUUGGGGCAGGUUGUGAUGGGAGUAAAGACGAGCAAUAUUCACGAACAGGUGAUUGAAAGCGCCGAACGAUUGACGAAGCGAGCCCAGGCAUUGACUCUACAAUCGGAAAAAGUUCGAACGGAUCGCGUACGAGGACUUCAG